AGCUCCGUGGGUUCGGGCUCGGUUCUGGGGCCCGUUCAGGUCUCCUGUGUCGGCGUCUCCUCGGCUCCACUCUGGUCCAGCUCUGGGAGCGAUUUCUCCACUGCUGCCACGGCAUCUCCGCUCCGCUUUUUAAUUAUUUAUUUAUUUAUAAAAAAGUUGGUUUUAUUUCUAAAAGAUAUUAUUUAUAACUCAAAAAAGGUAUAAAAAAGUUUAAAAGAAAGGACUGGUGAAAAUAAAUCUUAACGGUGGUUCAAAAAGAGGCUUAUGGUUUGCAAAAUAGCAGUUUAAUAGAAAAAUAAAAAAAUAAAAAA